AAAUAUUAACUCAAAUCCCAUAUUUUUUUUUUUGUGGGUUUUGUUCUAAGCUUCCAAUUUUUUGGGUUUAAUUUGUUUCAAUUUUCAGAUCUGUGAAAAAAAAAAAAAAAAAAAAAUUAAAAAUUUCAAAUGUCUUCAACAUAUUGGUGUUAUAGAUGCAAUAGAUCUUACAGAUUACUAAACCAAGAUUCAAUCACUUGCCCCGAUUGCAAUUCCGGCUUCAUCGAAGAAAUCGGGUCGGGUCGUGUUUCCGGGUCAAGUCCGGGUCAACCCAGAACCCGCAGAACUACUAACGGUAAUAAUGGUGGCGGUGACAGGUCAUCACCGUUUAAUCCAGUCAUCGUCCUACGUGGCGGCAGCGGUGGCGGAGGAACCGGGUCAGAAGCGGGAUCCGGGUCGGGUUUCGAGCUGUAUUAUGAUGAUGGAGCCGGGUCGGGUUUGAGGCCUUUACCGAGUAGCAUGUCGGAUUUUCUACUCGGGUCGGGUUUUGAUAGGUUGUUGGAACAGUUAUCACAAAUUGAAGCUAAUGGUAUGAUUGGUUCAAGAUUGGAAAAUAAUAAUAAUAAUGUUAAUCCACCAGCUUCGAAAAGUGCUAUUGAGAAUUUACCUACAAUUGAGAUUGUUAAUUCACAUAUUGUAAGUGAUACUUGUUGUGCAGUUUGUAGAGAAGAGUUUUGUUUAGGUAAUGAAGCACGCGAAAUGCCUUGUAAGCAUCUUUAUCAUUCGGAUUGUAUAACCCCGUGGCUUUGGUUGCGUAAUUCGUGUCCUGUUUGUAGGCACGAAUUGCCCACUGAAAGCCCGAAUGUAGAUAACGCGAAUGUAGCGAAUAAUGAGGAAGAAGAAGCGGUUGGAUUAACGAUAUGGAGAUUACCGGGUGGUGGAUUUGCUGUUGGUAGGUUAGGUAGAAGAGGUAGUGGUGAAAGGGCGUUACCCGUUGUGUUUACUGAAAUGGAUGGUGGUUUUGGUAAUGGUAAUAGUAAUGGGGUUAAUGGGGUUCAAAGGAGGAUUUUAUGGGGUUCUAGAGGUGAUGUAUCGCGACAAAAUGGUGCGAUUAGGAGGUUUUUUGGGAACUUGUUUUCUUGUUUUGGGGGUGGUGUUGUUGGUGGUUCGUCAGGGUCGAGUACUACUAGUUCGGAUUCAAGGAUAAUAAAUAAUGGAAGUAGAAGUAGUAGUAAUUCGAUGUCGUCUGUGUUUCUUGCGACAGCAAGAAGGCGUAGAGGAUGGGGUUUUGAAGGUAAUAAUGGAGUUAGAAGAUGGUAAGGAGAAGUUGUUUAUUAUCGUCGUUGUAAAUAGAUGGAAGUGAAUGCUGUGGAUCUUCAAUGGAAUGCAAAAAAGAUUUAAUUUUUGAUGUUUAUUAAGGUUAUAUUUAUGCAAUUGAGUUGAAGAUGCUAUAGCAAGGAGGGAUGACAUUGGAAUAUUUGUGUAAGAAUUGGCUCUUGAGUUGAAGAAUUUGUUUCCUUCAUAAGUGCUUGCAGUGUAAUUCUUCAUUUUAUUCUUUUAUCUUUUCCCUAUUAAGAUUUAGUGUCUAUUGAAACUUAUGAAGCUUACAUGAAUUCUCAAUUUGUUGUAUCUUUUUUUUUUUUUUUUUUGGUUGGAAAUUCAGGUAUGUCCCAAAACAGGGACCCUGUUUUUAGUCUUGGCUUGUUAGUUAAAGACUUGCUUUUGAUCAUGUAAUCAAAUUGGUCAUCGAAGCUUAUAAAUAGCAGAUUGUUUCCUUA